AUGACCGAGCCGAGUGACGCAGGAGAAGGAGGACGAGGAGGUAGGCGUCGCGGCGCAAUGCUAAAACGCGCAGCUUCAUACACUGAGGCGUCUCCAGCCUCCAAAGGCAAAGUCGCCUUGAAACAGAUUCCUGAAGAAGAGCAAAUUGAAAUAUUGACGGAAGACCAAGACAGUGAUGCAACUCGUUUUGAGAGGGAAAGGAAAAUCCAGAACCGGAAGAAGGGAAAAACUCACUUAUCGAAAAACUACAGGGUUAAAAAGGCCGGGAAGAGCAGACAAGCUUUGCGGCGAGAAGUUGCCCUGAAUACAUUGAAAAUGAUGACUUCUAUCACUAAAGCCAACGGAGUAUUGUUACCAGGCUUGUCCUACAGUGUCAAUAUUGAAGAUAUUCCGCCUCUUGACCUGGAAAACAAUGCCAAUGCCAAGCCGCACGCCGUGACCACGGUGAAAGUCGCAAGACAAGAUGUCUUUGACAUUGCGCUAAUGCUUCAGAGCGCGACUGAGUUUCUAGGCGCCGAAGCCGGGCAGCGAAUCUGUGUCUUGAACCUUACCAACCCGGAUGCUCCUGGUGGUCUCUGGAGGGAGGGGGCAGAGGGCCAGGAGGCGGAAAUGUUCUACCGGAGCACACUGAGCAAGGCACUUCUACCCAAAUAUUAUCCGUUCCCUGACCGGACCGCCAAUUGUGUCUAUACACCUAAUGUCGUUAUUUUCAAGGAAUGUGGCGAUUUCGACUACUCGAAGAUGCGGGUAGAGAUGCCCGAGGCGCUUCCGCAUGUUGGUAUCAUCAGUGUGUCUAUGCCCGAGAAGCCAGCAGUCGAUAUGUUUGACAGUCAAUAUAAGGAUCCAGCGGAUCGGGAAAUCACGAAGAACUAUAUGCGCCUUAUCCUUCGUGUUGCUGCUUCCACACACCACGGUUUCCUUGUUCUUAAUGCUCUUGGAAGUGGUAACGCUGGCCACCCUGGCAGGGAGGUUGCAAACUGCUGGUUACAGGUGCUAAACGAGGGGGAGUUCAAGGGAUGGUUUCAUACGAUUGUAUUUGCUAUCAAGUAUGACCGGAUUGCUGCCUCUGAUUACACCCACAUUUGGAAGAGAAACAUGGAAAUCAAGUAUUGA